UGUCGCUCAACGCUCAGUUCCUGCUUCCGCUUCUUUCCCCCAUUUCCUGUUAGGCGCGAGCUGAACGAGCGAAGCGGGGAGCGUGGACUACGAGUUUCCCGUUUCCAUCGUACAGACACACCUCUACUGCCAAGAUGGUGAAUGUGCCUAAAACCCGAAGGACUUUCUGUAAGAAGUGUGGAAAGCAUCAGCCUCACAAAGUGACCCAGUAUAAGAAGGGGAAGGAUUCCCUGUACGCCCUGGGAAAGAGGCGCUACGAUAGGAAGCAGAGUGGUUACGGUGGGCAGACAAAGCCGAUUUUCCGAAAGAAAGCGAAAACUACCAAGAAGAUUGUGCUGAGGCUUGAAUGUGUGGAGCCUAACUGCAGAUCAAAGAGGAUGCUGGCCAUUAAGAGAUGCAAGCAUUUUGAACUGGGAGGAGAUAAGAAGAGAAAGGGCCAAGUGAUCCAGUUCUAAGCUUUUUUUGAGAAGAAAAUGUUAAAGCUGUAGAAAAAUUACCUGUAUGAAAAUAAAUGCAGUGAUAUUCUUACUCA